CCAAAGUAUGUUACAUAAAGUAUCGAGAGACUUCCAGUGUGGGCGUCGCGCAACAUUUAACCAACACUGUAUUUAUUGACAGAGCUUUGAUAGUAGUCCCAUGUGCGGAAGAUGACUAGACUGGCCCAGCUGUUACACUACACUAGCCUGAGUCAGGCAUUGUUUUCCAAGCCACUAUCCCCGCUGGGGCCACCGCUGCCUUCAAGGGGGGAAUGUGACCAAGGAGAAUAAGCCUGCUGAACCUUCCAAGAUGGACACCUUGUCUCUUUUUAUUUAUUUUUUUUUAAACUUUUUUUAUUUUGGUUGGUUUAUUUUUGUUUUUAAUUUCACAUGUUGUCCCUUGUCUGCUCUCUCUAGUCACUAUACUAUUGCAUUAUUCCUAGCAUAUUGUUUUUCUGUUUAUUAUUUUUGGUUUGUUUUCUUUUCCCCACCCCAUCCCUCUCUCCCCCCCCUCCUCCCACAGUUGCUACUUGUGUGUGAUUGAGUUCUAUCCAGGUUGACAUGGCACUCAGGUGGAAUGUGUAUCACACAUGGGCUGCCAUGAAGAUGACUAACACAUUUUACUUUCUUUGUCUCCUGCUCUUGCUCUGUGGUUAGGACUUCACAUAUAGGUCUAAGAUCUAAACCUAAGCAAAAUCACUAGAAGAAAGUGUAAUUCAUUUUUACGUAAUUGUUGUUUGUGGCACAACCUUGUAAGUCGUAGAAUAGAAUAAAUGGUCUAUGCCCUCUUGGAAUUCCAUUCAGGAAUGGAGAAAGUGAAAGAGCUCUUAUCCAUUGGUUUAAAGUCUUCAUUAACAUUUGGGAAUUUCUCAAGUCUUAAUUUUUCGAAUUCUUUUCUGUAUCUGAUGUUCUGUGUGCUAUUAGUGAUGCAGCCAUCAUGAGCGAUUGUCUUGUGUUGCACACCUUUCCAACACUGCGAAACGAUCGCCCUACGGGAAAAGCGCCCAUGCUUGCUAUCGUAUGGUUCAUGACCAAUAUGUUUCCAGUACAGGAAAGAUCCCAGAGGAAGCCAAGGCCUUGUCUCUCUUGGCGCCCACCGUGCCCCCUGCAGUUCCUGCUGUACCCAACCUGAUGGCAGGUGGUGGCCUGUUGCCUAUACCCACUCCAGCACCCAUGCAGACUAAGCUGAGUGUCCCCAUAGCCAGCCUGGCAGCGCUGCCUGCUGCCCUGGAACCGGUCGUGUCAGCCCUGACUGUGGCUGGAGCAGCUGGGGUCGCUUCUUCCUCCCAACCUCCCCUCAUGGGCAAUGUGGACCCCUCUAAGGUGGACGAGAUAAGGAGGACCGUCUACGUUGGCAACCUUAACUCACAGACAACUACUGCAGAGCAGCUGCUUGAGUACUUCAAACAAGUGGGCGAUGUGAAGUUUGUGCGCAUGGCGGGUGACGAGACACAGCCAACACGCUUUGCCUUUGUGGAGUUUGCUGACCAGGAAUCAGUGUCCAGAGCGCUAACCUUUAAUGGAGUCAUGUUUGGAGAUAGACCCUUGAAGAUUAACCAUUCCAACAAUGCCAUCGUGAAGCCCCCAGAGCUGACCCCUCAGGCUGCAGCCAAGGAGCUAGAGGAUGUAAUGAAGAGGGUCAGAGAGGCCCAGUCCACCAUUGCUGCCAUCAUAGUAGAGCCAGAGGAAGUAAAGAAACGAUCAUCCAGUCGAACCCGACAGCCCAGGAGAUCCAGAACGCGAUCUCGCUCCAGAACGAGGAGGAAGCGCUCCCGUUCCAGGCACAGAAGCAGACCCUCUCAGAGGUCACUGCCCAAGGUUAGCGAGUCCCGUGGCUCUCGGGGCGUCCACAAGAGAUCUACCCGCUCCACAGACAGACGGAGGAGCCGCAGCGGCUCCCGAUCAAGGGAUAGGCGUAAAGACAGGGAGGAGAAAAGAAGAGCCAAGGACGACGUCUCCCGGGUCAUCAAGGAGGAUCGGAGGCAAAGGGGGAAGAAGGGCAAAACCCCUCCCAAAAGCUACAGUACGUUCCGAAGGUCCCGGAGCACGAGCAGGGGCCACAGAAGGAAGAGCCGGGAUAGCUCCAGGAGUCCGAGGAGGAAAGCCAGGUCUCCCUCACCUAAGAGAGUAAAAGACAAGAAGAGGGAGAAAGCAAGGGAUGGCAGCAGGGAAAGAAGAGACCGAUCCACCUCCAGGAAGAGGAGCAGCAGAGAUAAAGAGAAGAUGGAGCACAAGCCUGUCAAGUCUGUGAAGGUGGACAGGGACUGCGACAAGGAGAAAGGGGACUACGAGAGUGACAGGGAAGGUUCACCAACACUAAGUGAGGGCGUGACAUCACUCUGCGCCCAGCACAAUGGCAGCUGCAACACACAAACAGAGGAUGAUGUGACUUCACUCACCGACAGCACUGAGUGAUGGCUGGGAAGCAAGGCAAAACUAUGGGAGCAAGACAGUCCACUGUAUACCUAGUUCCUUUAACUCGGCAUAACGCACGCACACACCUACAUGGAUGCCCACACCACUUCCUGCUUUUAAGUCAGGCACAACAUUGUGCCAAAAACCAACAGAUCCCACAUAAGGAUUGAGUGGAACAGUGUAUUAUACUUUAGUGUGUAAGAGCUAUUAGAGAGCACUGUCCCCAUCCCUGUUAUUGGGAAUCUGUUGUCAUAUGAUAUUCAUAUGUAAAAUGGACCUGAAUGUGCCCAGUUAGAUUUUAUUCUUAUAUUUUCAAUUUUUUAACACCUGCUUUCUCCAGUAAGAACUGGAGUGGGAAAAUAACAUGCUUCUAGUUGAUAUCCUGUUUAUGUUGGUGCUGUCGUGCAAAAAUAAUUCUGUUUCUGUUCCAACUAGAUGUAAGGUCUCAGUUUGUGCCCCAUGCUUGCUUUUCCACAUUUUAUUUUGUAUGUCAGUUAUGCUGAGGUCUGCCUUUUCCCAAAGCUUUAAUCAGCUUCAUGGUUCAGCUGGUUGACCCUACAGUGUAGACGAAGCUGAAUCAGAAACGUGUUAACAAAUCCCUGGGAAGCACAGACUAGUACCUAGACUGAGAUUGUACAAAAAAUAUACUGUAAUAUUAAACUUCAUAAGUAAUUCAGAUGCAAGCUAAAUACAGGAUGGUAUUCCACAUUUGAGAUUGUGGUCAUGCAUUAAGGAAAAGUGGUUUGAUAUUAUUGAGUGACAUUUUCUUGGCUUUAUAUCCCAGUUUAAACAAUGCUUGUUGAAUCCUAUAUGUAGUUUGCGUUAGUUUGGUGUUAAUACAUUUCAGUGUUUUGUUUAAAUCCCAGUGUAAAAUGUGGCUCAAGUUUAUUAGCAGUACAUGUCUUUUUUUUUUUUACUAGUUUUAAUCGAAGCAAUUCAUCUUUGCAGUGAUUAAUAGUAUCUGCAAAUUCAUUCUGGAGUGAGCGGGAAACAAAUUCCCUACUUAGACAAAUGUACAUAGUCAAAACUUCACAUUAAAGGACCUACAUUUUGUAGAGUUAAGAGAUCCACAAGAAAUGUAGUGGUGUAUCAUUUAAAUUGUAUUAAUGUCUGUUUAAAAGUAACAAAGUUUGAUAUUUAAAUUUACUACUAAGAAAUAUCUGUAUAUUUUUUUUGUCUGUAUUGAAAUUCAUACUUUCUUUUUAACUGACAUUAACACAAUAUACAUAGUAAAUAUAUUCUUCUUAAUCUUGGGCCUGAAGACCCAAAGCCAUGUACAUUUUUAUUUUGGUCCUAGCAUUUCACAGCUGAUUCAGUCAACAUUAUCAUCACAUGCUCUCCUUUGGGUCCCCAGGACAAGAAUUAAGAAACACUGCUGUAGAGAACCUAAAUGUAAAAAAUGUGUUGGUUAAAUCUUUAUAUAUCUAUUAACUGCAAAUGUGGGUAAAAUGGUAUAAGAUUAAAUAUGAAUGUGUUUUAAUGUUUUUCUGAUUUGUGUUCCUCCUAAAACUGUACCUUUUACAGUACCUACUAUACAGAAUGUCACAUUAACUGCAUGGAUUGAGUCCUGAAUGCAGAUUUGCUGAAAGCUAUUAUAUAUCAAAUGUUUGUUUACUCUUUAAAUUACAAUGGUAACCAGUUUAUAAUACCAAUAAGGCACUUAGCGGGCUUGUGGAAUGUGGCUACGACUAAGAGAUGUAUCCAAGCAUUGUACAAACAGCUUUUAGCAGUGAUAUAUUGGC